ACAUAAACCAGCGUCCUCUUCCUUCUUCUAACAAAAAAAAAAUAACAACAGCUGGAAGCAGCUAAAGAUGGCCGCCAUGAUAGCCUCCGCCAACACGGCGGGGCUCAGCUCCCACGGGAUGGAGGAGAAGAAGUUUGAAUACUUUUCCUCCAUCAACUCCAUGGCGAGGAAGAUAAUGCAGGAGAGGAAGACUAUCGAAGAGAAACACGGCCCAACAUGGGAGAAAAUGACGCAUCAGGAGCAGGACAGCGCCAUCGAUAACGAGAUGAUGGAUCCUCAGAUCCGAGCCCGAUACGCCAUGCACAGAGUAGACCGUGAAGAAGUGCUCUGUUACCCCAAACUUCUCAUUCAGACGGGCCAGAAGAUUGUUCACUUCGGAGAGGAGGAUAUGACCUGGCAAGAUGAGCAUUCUGCCCCUUUCUCGUGGGAAACAAAGAGCCAGUUGGACUUCAGCUUGACGUCUGGCCCGGCAGAACAGGGAGUCUCAGUCUCUCAGGCCGAAUCAAAGCCUGCGAAGGUUCCUCAUUCCAACCAGAUCAGCAAGAGUACUCCAGGAACUAAGGUGACUGUCAGCGAGGCCCGGAGGCCAGAGGAGGAGUCGUCUUUCUGGAAGAUCAGCGCCGAGAGGUCCAGGCUGGAGGGAGAGAUGGCCGACUUCCAGUCUCUGACCCCCAGCCAGAUCAAGUCCCUGGAGAAAGGAGAGAAAUCCCUGCCCUCGUACCUCCGACUGGAGACCUCUGUGAACACCAAGGAGCCUGAGGUAGUGGAGCCCCCCCCUCCCGCUCAUACCAGGUCCACAAAGCACCGAGCCCCCAAACCUCCGGCCCCUCAGCCCCCUGUUCCUCUUCAUCUUCCUCUUCCUCUUCCUGUGGCUGUCAGCGCUACUCCGGCCUCCAUCUCCAUCUCUCCCAACCCUCCUCCACCUGUCAGGGUGUCGUCGUCCGUGGCCGGGUGGGAGCGCUCUCAGAGCACUCUGCCCUCCGUCGGGACCACCGUGGACGAGGUGUUCUCCUCCGGGAUGAUGGCCAAACCCUCCAAGCCCUCCAACCCCCCCGGCAGUGUGAGAAGAGAGAGAGAGCAGAGAGAACAGAGAGAGGAAGACGGCUCCUCCGCCAGCCCCACCUUCGCCCAGUACAACACAAACAACAACCUCCUGAAGACCGGAUUCGACUUCCUUGACAACUGGUAAACCGCAGCUGAGUUUUUCAGCCCCCGCCAUGAAUGAGUCAUCGCCAUCAUCACUCUGAAGAAGGACCACCACACUGCCAUGACUACAGACAUCCACAUUUAACAAACACCAGUCUUUAGCAUGACCACAUUAUGUUGUUGUGAUUAUCUCCAGUGGCUUGUUAAGACCUUAUCUCACUGCCUGUGUGCUGGUCUCUCCCCCCCCCCCCCUCUGGUUAGCUUUCAAUCUCUUAGAUUUUGUUGCCACUAAAAGCAGAGUAAGAAACGGUUGUUUUCCUCUAACUGUGCAUUCACACUGAGACCACUUUGGGAUAUAUAAUAGAUAAUAUGAUGCAUUUUCAAUUCAUUUACCCUCAAGUAUUUCAAUUACAAGUUUUAAAGGAGAUUGAAAGGAAAGUAGUGUGAUAAUCCAAUCAUUUUAUUGUUAUAAAAACUUUAUUUAAAGAGCUCAUUUGAUGCAAAGAUGCAGCUAAAACACAUCAAAUACAUUGAAAUGAAAAUAUAUAAUAACCUAAGACGAAACAAUGAGUUUCAUCACAACAUAACAAAGCAAUAACAAUAGGCGCUUUUACACCGGAGUACUUUUCCCAGUAUAGUUCAGAUAUAAUUCCGAAAAUGUGCGUUCACACCAAAAAGAUCCGGAACUAGAAUUUAGUUCAUGAGAACCUUUUCCGUCCCUGCUAGAGAGCCGGUACUUUCGUGGGAGAAAAAGGUUCCUGUGUCUGAUUGGCUGGGCGGAUUGCAAACCACGCCCCGUAAAACUCCCAAAACGUUUUGUGAAGCCGCCAUUUUAUUAUCCUCGCAUUAUUAGCAUUAGCCCAGCGCACAAACGCAGAGAGACUAACUUAUGGCAACACAAAAGAAAACAUGGGAGCGAGAUGAGGAGGUCUCGGCGAUUUACUCGUCCACAACUCCGGGGACUUCCGGCCGUGUGGCAGUAUUAUUAUCACAUGUCACUUGUUAGACGCUUUUAUCCAAAGCGACUUACAUACUCAAUACUGUGGACAAUCCCCACAGGAGCAAUUUGGGGUGAGGUGUCUCAGGGACACAACGACAUGCUGACUGCAGUGGGGUUUGAACCUGUGACCCCCUGAUUCCAACACCAAGGCUCUAUCCACUGCGCCACACGCCUCCCUUAGUAUACGCCGUGAAGUGGUUAGCAGCCUGCCAGUAAACCCAAAGCAGAAGAAGAAGAAGAAGUGACGUCAGCGGCUUCAUUUGCCUAAUCCUCCCUCAGGGACUUACCCCGGUGUGAACGCGAUCGGCUCUUCUCUGAACUAAGUACUUGGUGUGAAAGCGCCGACUGACACCACAAAUCAAUAUGCCAAUUUUGACGGUGUUCCACAGUUUAUCGCCAUAAAAACCUAAAUCAGCAGUUCACUUCGGUUGUCGGCAAAAAUGUGUUAGCCAAUACCAAUAAAGAUCCAGUUAUGGAUUGGUACAUUAAGUUUGGGAUGUAUCUGGUAACCUGUUGUGCGGAUGCUCAAACAGUGACUUGGCUGCUUCACAUACAUUUAAGACGCUACACUAGCAAGAUGUGUUUGUGUACCGUUAGAUGGUCAGAUAUUCAUGUGAGAAAAACACGAGAACCCUCAUCCUUUUUUGUUACGAAGAUUAUUUAUACGGACUGCAUUAUCCCCCAUGUAGUGCUCAGUCCUGGCCAACAUGUUGCAAUUAUUACCGAUGUUCCCUAAGCUUCCUGGAGUAUGGGAUGUUCCAGAGCGAUGGGAAACAUCAUGGAUACCAUUGCAUCGCUCAGAAACAACACAGAAUGUAUUUACAAACUUUAACACACCUAUUGAGUUAGGAGCUGGUUUUCAGCAACAGGAGAAAGGUGUUAAAAUGGGAGCAACAGAUGUUCUGUAUGGAUUUAGAGUCUCACCCACACUUCCUCACCCCCUCGCUACCGUCACCUUUGACCUCAAACUAGUGCUGAGCAAAGCUAGUGUGCAUUUGUAAUAAAAGGAGACGCACUCAGACGUCGUGUUUUAGAUGAGCAGGCAUGUAGUGUUUUGUACCACUUGUGUCGUAGAUCUAAAAUCCAGUUUACAUGACUAGAGUACUAUUUUACUGAAUUUUAUAUUUAUCAGCUGAUUGUAUCUUAUGCUCUACAUGUAUACUGCACACAUGCAUUUGGAGAUUCGAAGGAACAUAAAAAAGUCAAACCUG